UCAACCGUCAUCGCGAGUUCUUCGUCCGCCGUGUGAUUGCCAUCCAAUCAAUCUUAAAAACAAUUCGCGUUGACGAUCUCGACGUGUGAGACCGGUUCUGUGUUGUGUCGACGUGAAACUUGUGCAACCUUAAGUGUGCGAUUUGGAAUAUUUGAAACAUUCGAAUCUACAACGACGAGCGAGACUAGGAAUUAAGACAGGUUUCACCUGAAGGAGCUCCACCAAGUUCCGAGAUCGUGCACAUGUUCCGGAACAGAGAGAAUAGUACCAAAUAGUACUCUAAAAAAAGAUCGAGAAAAGAGGGAAGUCUCCCUCUUCCUCUCGUGCGGCUGGAUCGAAGGGGUAAAGUAAAGCAAAGGGUUCUCGACUCGAGUCUGCUCCACGGGAGGGAUCGAGAAUUGAGACGGAAAGAGCAGAAGGGAGAGCCGGUGGAGAAAAGAGGGUGGGCGACCGAGGAAGCGGGGCCAGCGGCCUCCGGACGAACGGCGAUCACCAACUACGUCGCCCAAGUCGAGGAAGAUAGAAGAAGACAGAAACACCCAGGAGACGAGCCAAGUGCUUCGAACUGAGUCAAGUGUAAACAUUUCGACGUGUGCGGGUUUCAGUUCGUGUUGUCGUUUAAAGUUUUCACCGUUGGGAAUAAAUUUCUCGUUUGUGAUUUUCAAUCGAUAUCGAAUUUCGGGACGAGCGACGCCCCAUUGCGACCUGGUCAAUAAAACACAUUGCCUCGAUUCGAGACGAUUAUUUGUUGACCUCACAAUAGGUGGACGCCUCUUCUAAGGCGCGGUGUGUGUUCCAACGGUACGUGGCGAAAUACCACGAAUUCGUGCGAAUCGAAGAAGAGAGAGUGGCAUGGUCUGUUUUGGAGUCUGUCAACAUGCCUGAGUUACACAAAUGACAUCGCUGAGAAGAAAGGUGGAAGGGUGCAAGCUGGAAUCUCAAGUCUAGCGAAGAAGCGCGAUGAGUCGGAGACUGGGGCACAGCACCUAUGAUGGCAAGAUCGCGGGACUUUAUGAUCUCGAGGAAACUCUGGGACGAGGUCACUUCGCCGUUGUCAAGCUGGCUCGCCAUGUUUUCACUGGUGAAAAGGUUGCCGUUAAGGUUAUCGACAAGAGCAAACUCGAUGAAAUUUCCAGAGCACAUCUUUUCCAAGAGGUGAGAUGCAUGAAGCUCGUGCAACAUCCGAACGUUGUGCGACUUUACGAGGUGAUAGACACGCAGACCAAGCUGUACUUGAUUCUUGAGCUGGGUGAUGGCGGGGAUCUCUAUGACUACAUCAUGCGUCAUGAAAGCGGUCUCAGCGAAGAAGUUGCCAGGACUUAUUUUCGUCAGAUAGUCCGAGCUAUAUCAUAUUGCCAUAGACUGCACGUUGUCCACAGGGACCUAAAACCUGAAAAUGUAGUCUUCUUCGAAAAAAUAGGCACCGUCAAACUCACGGAUUUUGGAUUUAGUAAUCGCUUUUGUCCUGGCCAGAAAUUAGAGACUUCAUGCGGAUCGCUCGCAUAUUCCGCGCCUGAAAUUCUACUGGGCGAUAGCUAUGAUGCACCGGCUGUUGAUAUUUGGUCUCUGGGUGUAAUACUCUACAUGCUGGUAUGUGGUCAGGCACCCUUCCAGGAGGCAAAUGAUAGCGAGACACUGACGAUGAUUAUGGAUUGCAAAUAUUCGAUUCCAUCUCACGUUUCUGACGGAUGUAAGAAGCUCAUUGCUAGGAUGCUCGUCAGGGAACCGGAAGGACGAGCGACUCUUGAGGAAAUCGCUUCUAAUCCUUGGUUGUCGGUUGGAUCGGAUGCCGAUCCAAUUGAAUCGCUGCCUCUUGUUUCGCGGCAGCAGGUUUCGGAGGAAAACCACAAUCUCAUAAUAACCAAAAUGGUCAACGGCAAUAUCGCAACCAAAGAAGAAAUCACAGACGCCCUCGACAAGAACGAGUACAACCAUAUAACGGCCACUUAUUUUUUGUUGGCCGAGAGAAAAUUGCGAGCUCAUCGGCAGGAACCAGUCCAGAAAAGCCGACCCGAAUUAUUGGACGUUUCUGUGAGUCAAGUUGACGAUCUCUCAACGAACGACUUGCUUGACGACCAAAACUCUUUGGGCAACGUUAAUCAAUCCUUACUGAGUGUGCCUCGUACUGCAGGAGAUUUGCCACCGAAUGUCCGUGCGCGAAAAUGUAGUAUAGUGCAGGAAGAAGAGGAUGAAGAUGAUGUGUCCUCGUGUUCUGGUAGGGAUGACCAUGGAAGUAAUUCCACUCUGAAUUCAUUCAAUCGACGAGGAUCGCGUUCGGAAGGAAAGCUUUCGCACAUUUUGCAAGAAAGGUUAGCUCAGCUCCCCGAAAAACACACCGCUCUCAAGACUGUUGUUGUUCGUCAUGCUCACGAGACUGCGGCAUUCCGUGAUGAAAGUAUUAAGUCAAAUAAACCUAAGGACAAGACCUCCACGAUAGAUCAAAAUAUUAAUAUAAGUAAAAAUCAAAUCUGCAACAAAACCUUGGACAAGUCGCCGUCAUUAAUGAAAAGCAAUCAACCAGACGCGAGUCCGAAAAACAAGAUGAAUGCUGCACUGAGCGCUAAAUCAGGUCUUGCGAUCAAAUGGACAAUCGGGAGCCAAGAAGCGAGGCCAAAGUCAGUGGGCGAUUAUCUGAAAUCAGGUCCAGUUCCAGCUAACAAAUGGAAAAUGGGAUCGCAGCAUCGAGCAUCUCUCUCCCAAGACGAUCCUCUUGCACAAAAAACCGAUAAUAUUCCUCCCGAGACGAUGACCACAUUUCUCACUGAAUCGUCGACUGUUCCUUCUCCCCUUCGCACUGCAGCCACAAUCAGUGAUAGCCAGUUGUUGACACCCAAGUACAAAACCAUGCCUUCCCCAACUCACACUAAAGUCACGACCAAGAGCAAUUCUCCACCUCAGCUCACUUUAAAUGAGAUUCUCGAAGACGGUGACGCGGUACCAGCCGGGGCGAAUUUGUCGGACGGCAGUGCUUCCGGUAAAUGUCGCGUUGUCAGGCGAACGGGAUAUGAACAGAGGCGUAGUAAAUUCCACAAAACGAGGACAACAUCGUGUUCCAGUUCGGAUGCAAGUGAUGACGAUAGCGAAAGCAGGAAGAAACGAGCGCACAAACUGAGUGGAUCGGGAAAACCAUUGCCACCGAGACGAGACAGUCAUGAUGACUCGAGUGAUUCUCAAGAUCCUGGAGGAACUGGUGGUGGAGGUGGAGGAGGUGGACUUGGAAAUGGAGAACGAGCUCGCGAGACACCGUCGACAGAACCAGCGGGUAAUGACAAUGGCGGUGGUGGUGGGAAUACGACGACGUCGACCACGACGACAACUGGUGGUGGUACGCAUUGUUGCUCGGAAAAUCAGGGGAUCGUUUAUGGACGUAGACAUCGAGCGGGAAGACGAAGAGCUGGCGAGACGAGGCUGAGGGAGAGUCAGUCUCUGAAUCGCAUCACCGAGGUGCAAGAAGCGGAGGGGCCGUCCUAUCACAAUCAUAAUCAUUCUCACACGCCACGAAGCGCCGUUUUUACGCAAAACGUGGUGACAAUGAGUCCAACACAUAUCGUUACGAUGUCCGAAACAAUCCCACCGCAGACUGUGACCACUGUACAAAAGGCGAAAGGAUUCGGUGCGAGGCUACUGCAAGGCUGGUCUCUGGGCAACAACAAAUCGUCCGCGGAAAAGACAACGGGAUUAGGAAUCUCAAAAGGCGAGAAGCAAGAGAAGCGAGAGACUGAAGCAAAGCAGGAUGUUGGUUGCAAGAAAGAGAAAAAUUGCGACCGAAAUGGCGGUGUUCCACAGCAACCCGUUGACCGAGGGACUCCUCUAAACAAACCCGAAGUCAAAAGUAAACGAAUGAAACUACUCAGCAGGUAUUUCGCUGUUCAUAAGAAACUUUGCGUUCCUCUACCGGGUCUUUUCAAUAAAGGAAGACUUUAUAAAGCACGUUCUUGCGGCAGUAUAACAAGGGACAAAAUAAAUCCACCCUCGCCGAAAUCGAUGCUUCUCUGUAACGCGGCAGACGACAAAUGGAGGGAGCAGCAAAAAAAGUGGUACCAGCAUCGCGGCAGCGACGGCGAUAUUAAUCAGAAUUUGGGACUCUCACGCCUCGUUCAAGACGGUAUUGUUGGAAAAGGCUGUGCCGGAAUUCCAACUGUUUGUCACAUUCAUCUGGGCGAUGUCUCGAAAUGCUGCAGUCUCUGUUAGUCAUGAAAAAUUAGCCACUCAAAGUUGCAGCUCCAGUGUCGAAAAUAAGACUCAAUUGACACAUAAAAACUGGAAUCCGGGGCAAUUUGUAAGUGCUGUUCGAAAAAAGUGAAAAUUUCCCGCCAAACAGUUUUCAUCGUAUGUUCCAUGACAUUGGACAAAGGGAAAAAUGCAAUAAAGUCUCGAGCGUAGAAUAGGGUAACGGCUUAACGAAAAUAGACGGUCGAACAUUUGACUGAAUCAUUUGAUAUUUUUGGGUUUUCUUUUUCUUUUUUUUCUCUCUCUCUUUUUUAAAAAUUAAUUUGGGUUUGAAAGUCAUCGUUUUGAUUGAUUGAUUGCCCGAAGUUUAUAUUUUUCUUGUUCUUUGUAUCGAGCUCUGUUCGUUUGAAUGUACCACAGAGUUCUGGCAUAGAGGAUCAGACGACCACGAUUAUAUCGUCGAAUUAUUUAUUUCUUCGUACUAACGAAGGAAGGUAAUGCCUAUUUCGGUAUACCGUUCCGUGGGAGAUGUAUCUAGUCCGUGUGAACAAACCUGUAUUAAAUGCUGCAGAGUUUAUUAUUAUUAAUAUGAUUAAUAAUAGAGAUGCAAACAUAGGAAUAUAUUAUAUACAUAUAUAUAUUAUUUUAUUAUUAUGAUAUUAUAUUAUAUUAUUAUUGCUAGGAAAAAAGCGAGGAGUCCAGUGUCGCUAUUGAAAUUCACCUGUUUUUACGGAACUCGCUGCCUUUCUGAAUGUCUCAACUUUCGGUUCAAGUCUCGUCCGAAUAAGGAACAUUUUUGAGAUACUAAAAUUGCAUACAUACAAAAGUCACUUUUUAUCCAAAUUGAAUGUUUCACCCCCAAAAAUUAUUAAUAUAAUCCUGGCAGAGAGUGAUCUUCAAAUUAUAAUAGUUUAUUCCAAAA